AUGACCGUGUGUAACUUUUUCCUUCAGGGCCGCUGUCGUUACGGCGAUAAAUGCUGGAAUGAACACCCGAGGGGAGGGCCAGGAGGUGGAGGAGGUGCAGGACGUGGAGGUGGAGGUGGAGGAGGAGGAGGAUACAACAACAACUACAACAGCCGCUCCGCAGCUCCGCAGCAGCCCAGAGGAGGAGGUGGAGGUUUUGGAAACAGAGUGUGGGUGAACCCCUCUCAGCAAAAAGGAGGCAGCUACAUCCAGCCGUCAUCCUUCUCCUCUCAUGGAAGUGAUGAUUGGGGCAGAGGAGGAGGAGGUGGAGGAGGAGGCAGUGACUGGGGCAGAGGAGGAGGAGGAGGAGGAGGAGGAGGAGGAGGGAGAAGAGAUAACGUCAAAAGCUCCGAAUUCAGCUUCUCUGGACAAAACCGUUAUUCAUCACUUGGUACACCCAGUACUUUUGACAAGGGAGGAAGAGGAGGAGGGUUAGGAAGACCAGGAGGAGCAGUUGGUGAUGAAGAUGAUGACAAAAAACUGGAGAUUAUCCAGGCAGACAUUGAGGCUUGGGAGAGCUCAGGGCAGUGGGGCUUCUCUUGUUAUUCUGGCUUCAAGGCACCUUUAUCUGGUUUCACUGACCUCUCUCCAGAAGAGCUCAGGCUUGAGUAUUACUCCACAAGAGCUUCAGGAGACCUUCAGGGAUAUAUUAAUGGUAUCAAUCAGUUGCUAAGUCAGUGGAGAAGCAGAGUCCAGGAGUUGAAGAUUAUGAAUCCAGCCACCCGUGCAGCUUUGCUUGCAGAGUUAAACAAUCCAGCACCUCAGGCAUCCUCAGGUGAUUUUGGCUCAUCAACAGUGACUGGAUUUGGGUCCUCCACAUCCAGUUUUGAAAGCAAAGGAUUUGGGGCUCCGCCACCAGCAGACGCCACCAGUUUCAGCUUUGCCGCUCCAUCUAGUGGAUUUGGUUCUCCAGCAGCAGCAGCAGCAGCAGCAUCCACAGGUUUCGGCAGCGCUACAGCAGCUCCUACACAACCUCCCUCUGGGUUUGGCUCCUCCUCUACAGCCUCCACUGCUCCUUCAGCUUCUAAUUUCUCCUUUGGAUAUCCGGCCACCAACAAGCCAGCAGCUUCAGGAUUUGGCUCCGCGUCUGGGUUCAGCUUCUCCUCAACAGCAAACACCGGAGGAGGAUUCGGGAGUGGCUUCGGGGCUGAAGCACCUGCUGCGGCAGGAAACAGCAGUUCAUUUGGACAGACGAGCGGAGGGUUUGGGGCGACUCCUGCACCCCCUGCAGCAGGAGCCGGGUCUGCUGGAGGAGCAGUGGACAGUCUGUUUUCAACACAGAGCAACCUAACUCCUGAAGAACUGAAUCAGUUUAAGGCAAAAAGGUUCACUCUAGGUCAGAUUCCUUUGAAGCCUCCCCCAACUGAUAUGUUGGUGGUAUGAUACUGUGGGAAACAUUUAUAACUUUUAAAAAAUAAAGAUAAUUUAUACAAAGUGACAUUUUUUGUUGUUGCAUAGAGCAUUUGUAAAAGCUAAUUCAUAUAUUUCUCAUUUUCAAGAUGCAGCUAGUUUAUCAGUUUUGAUAGGAAUGUGCUUGG